GACGGUCACUAAAGGGUCAUGGUGUUGUGCGCAUGCGCGACCCAAAGAGACUCAACACAGAUCAAGAUGGCUUCGUCCAUAAGCGGGAUGUUUCCCGGCCAGCAGCCGCCUGGUUCCCAUCCUGUCGGAGGACCUGGUGCUCCCGGACAGCCAGGCUUUCCCAUGGGUGCUCCCCGAGCGCAGGGAAACAACACACUGGUUGAUGAACUGGAAGCUUCUUUCGAGGCUUGUUUUGCGUCUUUGGUAAGCCAAGAUUAUGUUAAUGGAACUGAUCAGGAGGAGAUUCGUACUGGUGUGGACCAGUGCAUACAGAAGUUUCUGGAUGUAGCUCGCCAGACUGAGUGCUUCUUCUUACAGAAGAGGCUCCAGCUCUCCGUACAGAAACCAGAGCAGGUGGUGAAAGAGGAUGUGUCAGAGUUGCGUAAUGAGCUACAAAGGAAAGAACUGCUGGUACAGAAGCAUUUGGCCAAGCUGCACCACUGGCAGCAAGUGCUGGAGGAUGUGAGCGGCCAGCAUCGUAAACCCACAGACCUGCCCCCUCCAGGACCGCUGGCCUUUCUGGAGCAGGCCUCUGCAAACUUGCCCCCUGCUCCUUUAAAGCCAAACUAAAACAUUUAAAUAUGGAAACUACUCACACACGAAACGUCAUGUUUUCAAAUGGGAGACAGAGGCUGGAAACGUGGAACAAAACGCAGUGGGAUGAGCUCCUGUGCUGGGAUUAUGUCAGAAUAAUUUAAUCCACAAUGUUCUGAGACUUGUGUGUGUCACAGCUGACUGGAUAUGACGGUAGAACAGGAAAUCUGCAUUUGUCAAUCCUUCAGUUGAGCAUAAAGGAGGUUCGUCGAUAAGAUUUUUUUUUUAUAUAUAAAUGUGUAAAAAUGUUUACUGUAGUCACCAUUUUUGUGUAAAAAUAAAAUUUGUACUUUGAAUCUUCA